UGGAAGCACCAUUGUUAAUUUGUCAUCAUCAUGAAGGGCAUAUUGCUGCUGUGGUUGGUGGCGAGCCGGGCAGCGGUGGCUGCGGCCAUGUACAACUCCAGCGCCGCCGCCACUGCCGCCACCGUUGGCGCCUCAACGCAGCGUGACAUCAUCAUCGACAACCGCACGGUGUGCACCACCCCGACCGCCACGCUGGUGGCCAGCUUCACGGUGUCGGCCGACAUGCGCACCACCGAGCGCCUCAUGGUCACCACCACCAUCCUCAUGACCUUUCUCGGCACCGCCCUCUUCGUCGUUGGCGUCUUGGGACGCUUCUCCGGUCGCCACCGUGGCCACUCCACCGCCACCUGCAUCUUCUUCCGGGCCACCUUCGCGCUCUUCCUCCCCUUCAUGUCCUACAUGUUCUCCAAGGCCAAGAGCGAGUCCAACCAGCCCCGCGCGCAGCUCAUCCUCCUCUGGAUGCUCCUCGUCGAGCUACUCCGCAAGAAGGUCUACGCCAUGGUCGCCCCCGCCGGCGACGCCUUCGCGCGUGGCGUCGGGCGCUACAGCUUCUUCGACGCCGUCGAGGAGGCCGCACGCAUGGUGUGGAUCGGCUACCUCGUCUACUCCUAUGUCCACGUGCACACCGUCAAGUCCUUCUUCAUCAUCCUCUGGAUCUUCAGCGUUGCCAAGAUGUGCAAGCGUGCCAUCUGCAUCUACCUUGCCAAGGGCUCCUUCGACCUCGCCAAGAAUGCUGCCCUCGUCUCCGGCUACAUGGUGCAGCUCGUCGACGCCGGGCGGCAGGUGCUCCACGAAGAUGACCACGCACUCGGCUCAAAUGUCAUGAAGGAUUGCAACUACGUGGUCAUGGGAGAAAGCCGGCUCAAGAGGGAGGUGAAGCCCCAUGGGUUCGAGAUACACGAUAAUGAAGUGAAGGACAUUCUCGACGUUGCACCUCAUCCUCGUGUCGAGGGUGAGGCCAAGAAGUCGGAGCAACUGGUCCGGGUGUGCAACAUCUGGGAUCUCGCUGAGAACGACGUCAUCUUCCGGUACAAUGACAACAGGAAGCGCAAGCUGGAGAACAUCUGCCUCGCCCUUGCCCUCUUCAAGCUUCUCCGACGGAAGAUAGAGCACUUCCACAUGGCGGAGGCCAGAACCCCGCAGGCACGCAACUUUGUGUUUCUGGGCCUCCUCGCCCUCGAGGGUGGCGAGGAGGACGAGGCCGCCAACGCCGAGCGAGCGUUCGAGGUGGUGGAGCUGGAGCUGAGGUUCCUGGACGAGUAUUACCAAGCCGUGAUCCCGCUGGCACUGCCCAAGCCGAAGCUCUUCGUGGCCAACUUCGCCUUCUCCAUUGCCUUCAUCCUGCUCUACUGCAUCACCGUGCUCCUCGUCACCGGCAACGGCGACAUCUUCAGCGUGCUUGGCUCCCUCUUCCGGGGGCUCAUCGGCUUGUCCAUCGACAUGGUUGUGCAAUACCAGUGCUUCGUCCACCAGGUGGACUUCCUCGUCGGCAUGGUUUGCUCAUCCUCAGACCUCAUCGUCACUUUCCUCCUCACGCUGACCCUCCUCGCCGUCGAGACGUACGAGUUCAUGCAGUACCUCCUCUCCGACUGGUUUGUCGCCUCUGUGCUCUGCAACUACGCUCGGAAGCCGACGCUCCGCCAACAGCGGCACAUCCGGCAGGUCGUCAAGGGCACCCUGUGGGUUAAGCACCGCUCCCGCCCAGUCAUCAAGGUCCACCAGGUCACCAUGCUCAAGCUCCACCAACUCCAUCCGCGUCGGGUGUGGAUGCUCGUGUCCCGCCUCCUCAAGAGGCGUCUCGUCGGGCUCCCCGAUGCCGUUGUCACCUCUGAUGCCAAGGUGGCCAUCAUCAAGGCCUUAAAGGACGUCCUCGCCGCCGGUUGCAGCCCAAAUUGCUACGGCCACUUCAGCAAUGGCAAAGCUUCAUUGGCCAGGCAUGGCUUCGCUCAGCUCGAGUGGGCCUGCAACGAAAAGAUGGGUGCCGCCACGGUGAUCAUCGUGUGGCACAUUGCAACGGCGCUGUUUGAGACAAGGGACCGGCAAAAGCACCCGCUACCUCCCAACGGCCAGGCUGCCUUGACGUUGUCGAGGUACUGCGCCUACCUGGUGGCCUACGAGCCAGGGCUCCUGCCAGACGACGAGGCGUGCACAGAGGAGGCGUACAAGAAGAUCAAGGCAGAGCUCAACAGCUUCUUCCAGAGCUGCUGCACCACAGUGCACCGCCGUGAGCGGCUGAUGAAGUUUUGUCCGGCCAGGGAGGAGGUGGCGGCGGAGAAGUCAGACAUGGCCAAGGGCGUCCAUCUGGGGAAGAAACUGGAGGAAAAAGGCGGCAGAAUCCACGAGGACGAGAAGGUGUGGGAGAUGCUGUUGGAUUUCUGGGCAGAGCUGCUCGUGUUCAUCGCACGAAGGCCGUCUGCGGGGCCAGAGGCGCACGCGCUGGCGCUCAGCAAUGGCGGUGAGUUCAUCACCCACAUCUGGGCCAUGCUCACCCACGCCGGCGUCCGUGCUCCCAAGCGCCACAACAAGGACCAGGUUCCACCGUGCCAUCCAGUUUGAUCAGGCCUUCAAUGUCCAACGCCAUUCAGCACAGUUUCUACCGUGAUUCCUUGCUUUGAUUGCUUUGUCAACGUAAAUAAAUCUUGCUUUGAUGCUUUCUGUUACUCUUUUGAUGUUCCUUGGGAGAAAUUACUUUUGAGUUCAGGGAUAAGAUGGAAUUCUGAUAUCAUAGCUACACCCAUGUCA